AUGUGGUGCGCGUCGUGCCUGGCGUCCGCCUGCGCGGGCUGCGCCUGCAACCUCUGCACGUCGGCGGCGUCGGCCGUGACCCGCCGCUCCGCGCGCAUCGCCUACUGCGGCCUCUUCGCCGCCUCCCUCAUCCUCUCCUUCCUGCUCCGCCAGUUCGCCGCGCCUCUCCUCCAGCACAUCCCGUGGAUAAAUGCAUUUGACCAGACACCACCAGACGAAUGGUUUCAAAUGAAUGCUGUUCUUCGUGUAAGCCUGGGGAACUUCUUGUUUUUUGCAAUAUUUGCCAUCAUGAUGAUUGGUAUAAAAGACCAGAAUGAUCGGCGAGAUGCAUGGCACCAUGGUGGCUGGAUUGCAAAGAUUGCUGUCUGGGCUGUUCUAAUUGUUCUUAUGUUCUGUGUUCCGAACAUUGUAAUUACCAUUUACGAGGUACUGUCAAAGUUUGGAUCUGGUUUGUUUCUUCUAGUACAGGUUGUGAUGCUUUUAGAUUUCACAAAUAAUUGGAAUGACUCAUGGGUUGAGAAAGAUGAGCAGAAGUGGGAAAUAGCUUUACUGGUAGUGACUGUGGUUUGCUAUCUCUCUACAUUUGCCUUCUCUGGUGUGCUUUUCAUGUGGUUUAAUCCCUCCGGUCAUGACUGUGGUCUCAACGUGUUCUUUAUUGUCAUGACUCUUAUUCUUGCCUUUGCAUUUGCAAUAGUUGCUUUGCACCCCCAGGUCAGUGGAAGCAUUAUGCCUGCUUCUGUCAUUUCUGUCUACUGUGCAUACCUGUGUUACACUAGUCUCUCAAGUGAACCAGAUGACUACGCAUGCAAUGGACUUCACAGGCAUUCUAAGCAGGUUUCAAUGAGCGCUCUUAUACUCGGGAUGCUCACUACCGUGCUAUCUGUUGUAUACUCUGCUGUCCGUGCUGGAUCUUCCACUACAUUCCUCUCACCACCAUCGUCUCCUAGAUCUGGAGCCAAAAAUCCUUUACUCGGCGAUGAGGAGACAGGCAAAGGCGAUGACAAAGAAAGCGAACCGCGCCCUGUGAGCUACUCCUACACCUUCUUCCACCUCAUCUUCGCCCUUGCAAGCAUGUACUCAGCCAUGCUUUUGACUGGCUGGACAAGCGCGGCAUCGGAGAAGUCAGAGCUAAUGGAUGUUGGAUGGACAACCGUCUGGGUGCGCAUCUGCACGGAGUGGGUCACCGCCGCGUUGUACAUUUGGACCCUCAUCGCCCCGCUGCUCUUCCCGGACCGUGAUUUCUCCUAGGCACCUGUGACCAUGGCCAUGAGCUGAUCCGUAUUUGUGAAUUGGCUGUGAUUGUGAAUAUAAUAAGCAGAAUUUGGGAAUAGAACGAGUAGCAUCUGAUGUUAUCUGGCAUGCAAGCGGCAGCGUUUCGUACCUGUGUGUGGCCAUAUACAAAGCUUAUAUCUAUGCCAAAAUAGUUGGUUUGUGGAUAUUGAGUCAUAUAUAGUUGUAUGCCUAGUUGUGGCAAUUCCUAGUGGUUAAGUGAUUAACAAUGGGGUAGCUUCUGGUGUAUGUACGCCUGCUGCUUGUUUUGUGUUUACUGAGCUAUGCAUGGAUGCUUUGUCA